ACAUAAUCGUUAUUUAAAUCAAGAUUCAAAAAUAUUUUUUACAACUAGUAUAAAAGCAGGAAAUGUUUAAUAAAUGGCAUUACUCCGUGGCGUCCGUCCUUUUAGUCAUGAUCUUUGUAACUUUGAUAGUAUUAUUUGCCGUGUCAAGCAGUGCUGGGCCAGCUCCUGACGGCCAAAAAGUGAAAAAAAAGUUAAUUAUCGACCAUGACGGCGGAGCAGAUGAUGCCAUGGCAAUAUUUAUCGCUGUGCUAUAUGAGAAAUACUUUGAUGGGCCAGAGGUAGUCGCACUCACAACAACCUUUGGCAAUGUUGGGGAAGAUCAAGUUUUCAACAACAGCCAAAGAAUCCUCAGUGUUGCUGAUAGAAGAGAUGUUCCAAUUUAUAGAGGAAGUAAAGUUUCAUUGAUACAGACUAUUCCCACCGAUGCUUUUUUUGGUUAUGAUGGACUUGGAGACAAUGAAAUAAUUGAACAUUUUUCGCCAAUUGAAGCCCAGAAGGACUGUGCUGCCAUCGCCCUUAUUGAACUGUCAAAGAAAUAUAAAGGUGAUCUAAUAAUAGUUUCUAUAGGUCCCCUCACAAAUAUAGCACUAGCUAUGAGACUGGAUCCUUUAUUCCUAUCUAGACUUUCACAUAUUUACAUUGGGGCCGGAAACGUCUAUGGUGACAAUUAUAAGAAUGCCGAGUUCAACGCAGCAAUGGAUGUCGAAGCUUAUUAUAUUGUAACACAGAGUGGAAUUCAAGAAAAGAUGACUGUUGUACCGUUUUCACAAAUUAUAGAUUAUUUACCAUUAACUCAGGAUUGGAGAGUAAAAGAACUGGGAUCAAUCACGACGAGAAUAAUGAAACAUCAAAAUGACUUCGAACGGACGUCUAUAAAUAGUAGUACGACAUGGUGUCUUUUAGAUCCAGCUGUUAUGGCAAUAGCAUUAGAGGAAACCUCAAUAGUAGAAGAGAUACGUUAUUCUAAUCACAGUGUGAUGAUUUGCAAUGCAGACAGAGGCCGAAACACUAACAUAUACUCAACAAAAGAAGAUGCAAAUGUAGCUUUAGUGUACAAAGUGAGGAAGGAGGCCUAUGAAGAUUUCCUUUAUUCCGUGUUUGCUUCUGAACUAAGAUCUACCUAGUGACAUAUAAAAAAGUUGUCACGAUCAAACAAAAUACAAAGACUUGCAUGUUAAUUUAUAAAAAUGUAAAUAUAAUUAUUAAAUAUAUAAUUUAAAACAUUUCAAAAUUCAUAAACUUUUCAUUUGACCGCAUAAUCUACUAUAUUAGAACUUAUUUUACUUAAAAAGGUAAUUAUUGACAAAUGGAUCUAACGAAUGCUAACUUUAUUAAACGCUGUUUUAGUCCAAGUAAUGGCAGAGAAAUGAAAUACAAAGGAAAGUGGUAAAAGAUUUACAAAUGCCAAUAUUUUUUGCUACGCCUAACAUUAGUUGGGUUAAUAAAUUUCUAUAUUAUCCAUAAA